CUUUUGUCUGUUUGAGUUGCUAUAACCCGACAGUUAAUGUACCUGUCUAAUAUGGAUACACUUUCCCAGGAUUCAAUUCUUGAGUGCCAGAUUUGCUUUAACUACUACAGCCCCCGGCGGCGGCCUAAACUCCUGGAUUGCCGACACACGUGUUGCUCGGUGUGUUUGACUCAAAUGCGCAGCACCCAAAAGGAGAUCCGAUGUCCCUGGUGCCGCAAUGUCACCAGACUUCCUCCUGGCUUUUCUGUCUCUCAGCUCCCGGAUGACCCGGAUAUCAUCACAGUCAUCGCCAUUCCUCAUGCCUCUGAACACACACCCGUCUUCAUCCGCCUCCCCAGUAAUGGCUGCUACAUGCUGCCCCUGUCUGUCACUAAGGAGCGGGCACUUGGUCUGCCCGGGGAUCUGGGAUGUCGCUUCCUGCCUGGGGGCCAGCAAAAAGGGGUGACCGUGGUGACCAUGCCCGAGCAGCAGCCUCUGGGUCUGGCUGUGGGUCUGGAGGGUGUGGGGCUGGAUGGAGGUGAAGGGGAGAGGAGGAUUACUGGUCCGGUGGGCGGAGGAAAGGGUUCUACGUGGUCUGGUGUGUGCACAGUAAUUUUGGUGGCAUGUGUGCUGCUCUUCCUUCUGGGAAUUGUGCUACACAACAUGUCCUGCAUCUCCAAACGAUUCACUGUCAUUUCUUGCGGCUGAAGGACGCUGUUCUAAAUCUCGUGGACUCCACCAGUUGGCCCAGCUUCUCCUCUGAGAUGGAGUCUUCUGAGGAGAAGGGACUAAACUCACAUUAUGGGCAUUUCAGGAACAACAGAGCCAAGCAAAAUGACUCGAAUAAUGACAAAGAGGGCAAAAACAGAUCUGCAAAGUGAUCUGCCAUUGUGUGUCUCUAUUUCUUAUUUUGGGGACUGGAAUUUAAAUGUAAACCUGAUUUUGAGUUUUCACUUCCUUCCCAUCCAACAGAACUCUGCUGGCCCUGAGAACUCCCACCCCUCAAUGUUCUUUAUGUUCACUGAAAGAUAUCUAUGAUCAUCACUUCAGAUAGGUCUUUGAACAGCUGAUUGUGUUCACGUAUGAACUAGUCUGACGAUGUUUAAUCUGUGGUUAGUAGAAGUUCAUCUGUUAUCAUAGUGUUCAGCUCAGAGCGUUGUGUCUUCAGCUGCUCUGGCAGCUCCGAAC